AUGGCGGCCGAAGGGAAGGUGACGGGGCAAAGCCAGGAGCAGUUCCUGCUGCUGGCCAAGGCGGCCCGCGGCGCCGCGCUCGCCAGCCUGAUCCACCAGGUGCUGGAGGCCCCGGGCAUCUACGUGUUCGGGGAGUUGCUGGACAUGCCCGCCGUCCGCGAGCUGGCCGACAGCGAGUUCUCCCCCGUGUUCCGCCUCCUCACCAUCUUCGCCUACGGCACCUAUGCGGACUACCUGGCUGAAGCAGCAAACCUCCCUCCCUUGACAGAGGCCCAGAAGAACAAACUGAGGCACCUGUCAGUCGUCACUCUAGCUGCCAAGAUCAAGUGCAUCCCCUACUCAGUGCUGCUGGAGCAGUUACAGCUGAAGAAUGUCCGGCAGCUGGAGGACCUGGUGAUUGAGGCUGUGUAUGCAGAUGUGCUUCGAGGGAGCUUGGAUCAACGGAACCAACGCCUGGAGGUGGAUUACAGCAUUGGGAGGGACAUCCGGAGGGAGGAGCUUAGCACCAUCACCCGCACAUUGCAGGAGUGGUGCCAGGGCUGCGAGGUUGUCCUGUCGGGCAUCGAAGAGCAGGUCAGCCGGGCCAACCAGCACAAAGAGCAACAGCUGGCCCUGAAGCAGCAGAUCGAGAGUGAGGUGGCAAACCUGAAGAAGACCAUUAAAGUGACAACAGCAGCUGCUGCAGCAGCCACGUCUCAAGACCCAGAGCAGCACCUCACGGAGCUCAGGGAGCCAGCCCCUGGCACCAACCAGCGCCAGGCGAGCAAGAAAACCUCCAAAGCCAAAGGGCUUCGGAGCAGCGCGAAGAUUUGGUCUAAAUCAAACUAGGUGGAUCUCCCUUCACAACUGGGAGGCCGUGACUUGAAUUCAAUUGGAGAAGAUGUGAAGAUUAAUUAAUUAGUUAACAUUUAUAAAUCACUUUGAAGAUGGCAAGAGCGAGGUAAGUACUGAGCAUUAUUAUAAGUUUUCAUUUUUAAAAGUUUUUAUGUUUUAACCCAUUUUUUUCCAAAGAAAAGACUGAAAAAGCAGACUGAGUAGAGAACAGAAAUACCUGGACACAUUAGGCCCUGCAAAGGAACCAGGUUUAGGAGGCUCUAGAAGAGAGGGUACAGAGAAAUGUCCAUCCCAAAAUGAGGAGCAGGAGAUCUGCCAUCCCUAGCACAGAAAGUCUAACAGCUCUUGUGCAGUGAUUCAUUGCAACCCCCUAUUUGGGUAUCUACAUGGGACUUUCACAUGGGUUCCUAAAAGGGAGGAGGUAGGACAUGACUUGAAUUGCUGUAUCACUGAUGUCCAGCUUUUGCCAGCCACCUCUAGCUGCCCUGUGCCAAGAGGUAACCAGGUACUGGAGUUAAUGACAGUAAUUAUUGCAUUCUUGGGGCACAAUUUCUUCUGGGGAGCUUGCUGCUCCCCUUCUUGAAGGUGGUGAAGGUGCUGGGCAGCUGCUGUCAGCAGCUUGGCCUCUGCUGCUGUGCCUAUCCGUACCUGGUGAGUGGGGAGAAGUGUCACAGCCAGGCAGAUGCCGUGCAGGACUUCUGUAAGGUUCUCCCCAUCCUUCACUGCUGUGUGCUGAGGUACCUCUGGAGUCAGAGGUGGUCUUUGUGUACUCAAAAGGAAUCAAUAUUUUAUUUACUGAGGCUGCCUUUGCUUCUGAUCUCCAAAGGAGACCUCUGGCAGGGUGGUUUGUUUCCUGAUGAAUGGAUGGGCUGGUGUGUACCCAAGUGCUGUUACACAUUACCAAGUCUCCUUUGUGCCAGUGACACUGGCUGUGGGAACAUCUCUGGACAGCAGGUUUCCUCAGGCCUGUCUGGGGGGAGCAGCCCUGCCUCUGCCGAGCAGCAGGACAUGUGCCCACCACCUCCAUCCUCUUGUGAGCUCCCGGUGCCAGCUGAGAAGUGGUGCUGCAGGGGCCGUGGCGAUGCCAGCCAGACUGCUUCUGCUGGUCUGCAGGGUGAUCAUGCAUCUGUGGUCCCCCAGAGCUCCACGCAGGGAUGCCUUGGCACUGCACCACCAGGGCAGUGGCUCAGUGCUCCUCUGAAGGCCCCUUGUGCCAGGUGAGUGCCCACAGUCUGGUCUGUUGGGAGAGCUGGCACAGAUGAUGUGUGUCCCCCUGUGCUGCUGUACUUUUGCACAAAGACCCCCUGACAAGAGCAGCCACUGAGGGCUGUGCCUGCUGCUUGCCACAGCUGGACCAGCCUUCCUGGGAUGAGGCCAUGGCUCUGCAGGAUUCUGAUGCAGACCUAGGUAGGGUAGACAGAAGAAUCUCACAGUUCAUGUCAGCUGCUGCAAAUACAUCUCUCAGAUCUCUGACAUCCUUCUUGUCUCCUUUGUGUGCCCUGGAAUAGCUGCUCAUUUUCCUUCUGUGACCCCUUUCCCUUUUUGUCAUCCUCUCCAUGGGAGUCUGUCUGUGUUCCCACCUACAGGGCUCUUCUUUCCUCAUCUCUUUUCCUAGUACUAGUCAUUGCUUAGCUGAAAUACUCAUAAAAACCACCUGUUUUAUCUACUGGUUCCACAGGCACCCCAUCUUUUGGGUGUUUUUCUCUCAUCUGCAGUUUUCCAGGAACAUCCCUCUUGGUCCAGUGUGGAACUAGGCUGGACUAUUGUCUCCUUCCUCUGCUGGUGGCAGGCUCUUCUCCUGCCAAGGAAAGGAGUUGAUUUGCAAAAAUUCUUUGUGCAGUGUGCAAUUAUAUUCCUGUUGUGAUGAAUUCAAUAGGCAGCAAAAUGUCAGCUGGAUUUGAGAGCUGUGACCCCUUUACAGUAACAGGAAUGUUCAGAAUUCCUGUGGCAGUUGUGCACGUAUUAAAAGCAAUCCUGUACCCUCCUAUUCUGAGGACAGUAAAGCCCCAGUCCCUUCAGAUCAGGCGAAAAUGUUUCUGGGGAGGCUUAGCCUGUAUCUGCCUCUGAAGCAUUUAGCACUGGUUUCAGGAUGUGGGAAGAUGGAUGAUCUCUGGUGGAGCAAAAGCAAGGAGGCUUCUGGUGACCCAGUGUGAUCUCUUACCACUAUGGUCUCACAAUCCCUUGCAAAGUCUUCUCAGGUGCUAACCCAAAACUGGUUAAUUUUAUUGUCCCCACUAGUCCCCUUGGCAGGCUGCCCCAGCACCCAACUGCUGUAGUGGUCAAAGUUUUUUAAUUUCCAGCUUAAAUGAAUUCACAGCUAGUUUAUAUUCUCUUGUGCCUGUGCCAGCGUGGCUCUAGCUGAAGCUGUACUUCCUCUCUGGUGUUUAUUUCCCUUGAGUACAGACUUCACUUUGCUUAACUAACCAAAUCAGCCCCCUUGUGCACUCUGAGCCCUCCAUACUCUCUCUCUUACUUGCUCUUCAAAUAGAGUGCAAAAGUGUUCUCUUACCUGCACUUCAAAUUAAGCUUUCUUGGCUAGAAAUGAGCACAGUUCUCUUCCACAGGUGAAGUCUGAUCAGGAUCUCUCCCAGACACAAUUACACACACCUGUAUCUACCAGAAAUGCCACUAGAUUGCAUGUCUUCUCCUCUGGUGAUCCAGAGUACUUCUUCUCUGAUGGUUAUAAUCAAAGAAGCUCCAGUUUAUAGCUAAAAUCUUGAUUUUAGGUCCUAUGCUCCUUUUCCCUUUCACUUUGUGCUACAAACUUUAGCCCUUUUACUGAUACCUUCAAGGCUACCUAUGUCCUGUGUGAUACCCUCAUCCAAUUUGGCAAUGUUGCUGGGUUUUAUUUAUUUACUCAAGCAUUUAUUAUUUUGCAAUCUUAGUUCUCCUUUCCUGUCAUUAGUGAGGGAUGGAAAGUGUGAGGCUAGUGUCUAAUCUUCCAUCUUACCUCUGGACAUGACAUCACCAGCAGUUGGAGAUAGGUAGUGUCUGUUCUAUUUCCCUUCCUUUUAUUAGCUUUCCCCCCCAUGCUAAGUUUGUAUUAAGUGCCCUCAGGAUUUAAAAAGCCAACUAGAUGUAAGGAGAUAGUGAAAGUAAUAAUAACCAAAGUGAAGUUUCCCCAUGGGAACGGUUUUUGAAGUGUUGUCUUUAAAAAGGAAAA